AUGGCCACACGACCGCAGAAUAUCGGCAUCAAGGCCAUCGAACUCUACUUCCCCAGCCAGUGCGUUGACCAGAGCGAGCUCGAGAAGUUCGAUGGUGUUUCGGCCGGGAAAUACACCAUUGGUCUGGGCCAGACCAAGAUGUCCUUUUGCGAUGACAGAGAAGAUAUCUAUUCCAUUGCCCUCACGACCCUCACAAGCCUGAUCUCCAAGUACGACAUCGAUCUCAAGAAUAUCGGACGACUUGAAGUCGGUACAGAAACCAUGCUUGACAAGAGCAAGAGUGUCAAGUCUGUCCUGAUGCAGCUGUUUGAAAAAUCUGGAAACUUCAAUGUUGAAGGCGUCGACUCCUACAAUGCUUGCUACGGUGGCACGAAUGCAGUCUUUAACUCCAUAAAUUGGAUUGAGUCUUCAGCUUGGGACGGACGUGAUGCCGUGGUUGUUGCUGGUGACAUCGCUCUCUACAAGAAGGGCAACGCUCGCCCUACCGGCGGCGCAGGCUGUGUUGCGAUGUUGAUCGGUCCAGAUGCUCCGCUCGUGUUCGAAGCCGGUCUCCGAGGGUCGUACAUCACCCACGCCUACGACUUCUACAAGCCCGAUCUUACCAGCGAGUAUCCCUACGUUGAUGGCCAUUUUUCAUUGAGAUGUUACACAGAAGCCGUGGAUGCAUGCUACAAGGCAUAUAACGCGCGAGAACGGACACUGAAGGGCCAGGCCAACGGAGCGGCUGUCAACGGUCACGCGGUCAAUGGCAAUGGAGCUCACGCAGAGGAGACUGAGAAAGCUCCAUUGGACAGGUUUGACUACAUGGCCUUCCAUGCCCCUACUUGCAAGCUUGUCUCCAAGUCAUAUGCUCGUCUCCUGUACAACGAUUUCUUGGAAGAUCCAAGCCACGCGCUCUUCAAAGAAGUCGCUCCUGAACUUCGGGACCUGGACUACCAAGCCUCCUUGACAGACAAGAAUGUCGAAAAGACAUUCAUGGGCUUGACUAAGAAGCGAUUUGCCGAACGUGUUCAACCAGGUAUUCAGGUUGCAACCCUAUGCGGAAACAUGUACUGUGGCAGCGUAUAUGGAGGUCUCGUCAGCUUGAUCAGCAACAUUGCGCCUAAGUCGAUGCAAGGCAAACGGAUAGGCGUCUUCAGCUAUGGCAGCGGUCUAGCCAGUUCGAUGUUCAGCUUGAAAGCCGUUGGCGACACAUCUGAAAUGGCGCAGAAGCUAAAUCUGCAAGAACGACUGAACGCCCGCCGCGUCGUAGCCCCUGAAGUUUAUGACGAACUGUGCUUGCUCAGAGAAAAGGCUCACCUGAAGAAGGACUUCAAGCCUGUGGGCAAGGUCGAGGAUUUGGUCCCAGGAACAUACUAUCUCACCGAGGUCGAUGACAUGUUCCGCCGCAAAUACGAGGUCAAAGCAUGA